AUGCCCGAACAGCCGUCUGCAUCUUUUGCCGAUUCAUGUACCAUUCAUGAUUUUGAUGAACUUCUUUCAUUAGAUGAUAUAUUUGUUGAAUAUUUUAAUGAAUUUCUUCGUUUGGGUACGUUUGUACAAAAAAUUGAAUAUAAUCGUGAAUUAAAUACAUUUACUGAAAAAAAUCAAAAUAAAAUACUAAAUACAAAUGAUGAUCAAUCUUCUAAUGAUAAUGAAAAAAAAUCAAAUGAAAUCGAUACUAAUAGUCUUUAUAGUGGUUUUUCGGAUUUAAUACAAUUAGAUGAUGUACCUGAAUUAACAAAUAAUACUGAUUUAAAUUUACAAAAAACUCGUCAAGUACAAAUAAUGGAAUGGAUUAAAAAUGAACGACUUAUUCUUUUUUGGCGUACAGAACUUUAUCGUCAAUAUAAAUUAUGUAAACUUUUGUUAAGACCAGUGACUAAUGAAGAUGAACCAUCAGAAUAUUCUAGUCAAGGUAUUGGUGGGUAUAGUCGACAAAGUGUUUAUACAGCUGCUCGAACACUUUCAACAGAUAAUUCAAAUGGACAUGGAAUUGCACAAAUAGCAACACUUGAAGGAGAUGAAGAACAGCAAGAUUUCGAUCAAAAUGAACCAUUUAUAAAUGCAAAUAUGAUCUUUGAAAAUAAUAUUAUGCUAUCAGAACUUUUACGUAUGCCAAAAGCAUUUUUAAGACCAGGCAGUCGAGCUUAUUCUGUACCAGCUAAUAUGGUUAGUUCACUUUCAAUAUUUUUUCCAAGUAUAACAACAAAAUAUCCAACGAAAAUGUCAAAAAGAUCAUCAAGUUCUAAAACAAGUCAAAGAAAAUCAUUACCAAAAGAUGAUGAAAAUAUUUCAUCAGAUGAUCCAAGAAGUUUAUCAAUAUAUAGUAGUGUUAAAAUGAAAUAUUUUGAAGAUGCUGAAAAUGAAGAAGAAAAUAAUGAUAUAGCAGAUUUUGGUUUAGAAAUACAAAGUUCAAGUAAUCAACUUAAAUAUAAAUAUCUUGGUUCAUUCCAAGGUAUGCAAUCAUUUGUUCGUUUUCUUCAAACAACUAAAGGUGGUUAUGAACUCUAUCGAUUUUGGAUGGAUUGUGAAUUUUUUAAAGAUACAAUGACUUCUCUUGAUGAUAUUCCAAAUGUUGUUGCACGUACACGUCUAUUUCGUGAUUUAAAUGAUGGUAAAUAUCAUUUACCAUUUAUGCGUCAUUUACAAAAUAAAAUUCGUCGUGCUUAUUCGGAUAAAGCUGGUUCAUUAUCACAUGAUGUUUUUCUUCAAGUACAAUAUGAUGUUUUACGUCGUUUACGUAUAUAUUGGUCAGCUAGAUUUAUAAUUCAUCAAUUAUUUCAACAACAUCAUUCACAAUUACAUUUUCCAAUUGAAUCAAAACGACCAGCAAAUGUUUGUCUUUAUCCAAUUGAUCAACUUACACAAGCAAAUUUUAUUGAAAUGACACGUGUAUUUAUUUCGACAGAUUAUACUACAAAUGAUAAUAUUAUUUCAAAUAAAGAUAAUGAAGAUAUUCAAGAUGAAAGUGAACAAUCAUUUAAUAAUACAUUUAUGAAAAAAUAUGCAACUAUUAUUCGACAAGAUAAACAAGCUGGUGGAUUAUUUCUUCGUUAUAUUACAGAUAAAGAACGUCGAUUAUUACCAUUAAUGCUAUUUUGUUAUGAUGUUGAUGAUUUUCGUUAUUCAAAUAUUGAUGAUAAAAUUCUUGAAAGUCAACAUGGUUUAUCAAUUUUAAAUACUUAUUUUGGUAAUUCAGCUAAAUUAUCUCUUGAUCAAUUUAUGCCAGAUAUUCAAAUAAAUAAAUGGGUUGACACAUUUCAUCACUAUAAAUUUGAUAAACUUUCAUUUGAACCAUUAUUUAAACGAGCAUUACUCAUAUUAAAAGGUGCUUGGUUACGUUGUAUAAAAGAAGAUGUUACGCGUUUCACAACGGCUUAUUAUUUAACAUCAUCACCUUCACAUUCAGUUAACGGAAGUGAAGAUGAAGAUGAAGAGGAAAGUGAAGAGGAAGAAGAAGAGGAAAUAAAAGAUGAACGAAGUCCAAUGAAACCAAUGUUAAAAAAAGAAAUUCAACGAACACGUUCUCCACAGACACAAAUUAAAAUAUCGAAUGAUAUGAUUUAUAUAAAACGCCCAUGGUUAAAUCGUUUUAUUCCAUCGGCACCAACUGAACGUCAAGAACGUUUUAUGGAAGCAUUAGAAAAUGCCAUGACUGAUGAAGAACGACAACGUUUACGUGCUGCAAGACUUGAACGUUUACGUAAAAUCGAAGAAAAUCGUAAAAAAGCUUUAAAAGCAGCAAGAGAAAGACGACAAAAAGAAGCACAUGACAAAGCAGGUGCAGAUGCAUUAAAUAAUGAAAGAAAUGCUCAAAUGCGUCGACGUGAAGCAGGAUUUUAUAUUGAUCGAAUUUUACCAAGUAAAACAGCAACAGUACCAAAAGAUGCUCAAAAUUUAUUAUUGACUGAUUUUCAACGUUAUAUUAAAUCAAGUAAAACAGCACCAUCGAAAUUUGAACAGAAGCUUAAUCUUGUCUUUGACGUUAUUAAGUGGACAGAAACAACAAAUCCAUAUGAAAAACAACAACAACUAGAUCGUAUGAGAAAGACUUAUUUUGAUAGUCAAUCAAAACGAAAUAUUCUUCCAUUAAAUGAUGAACAUACUGAAAUGUUAGAUUUAAAUAGUGGUCGUCCCGAUCCAGCAUUUAUUCAUAGUAUUUAUCGUGAUAUACGUGUUGAAUUCGAAGAAGAAUUUGUUCGUUAUUGUGGAGAUCGUAUAAAUGAAUUUGAAAUUGAUUCAAUGGAUGAUUUUCUAUCAAAAUCAUAUGAUGAAUUAACAUUAUUAUUUAAUGAUGUAAAUGAUGGUAGACGAGGAGGUCCUGAUGAUGAUGAUAACAGUGGAUUAUUUGAUCCUGAUGUUGAAGCAUUAGCAUCAAAUAAUGAUGGUACAGGUAAAGCAACAAAAAAACAUUAUGCUGAAUUAUUUCAAUUAAUAUCUGAUGCUGCUGUUGGUCGUUUUAAUGAACGUUUUUAUUAUUUUUAUGCCUAUUUAACACAUUGGGUUGAUCCAAAAAAAGCUCCAUAUAUCGAUCAAGAUUUUUUAUUUUGUAUUGAUGUUAAUCGUUUAAAAGAAAUAGCUAAUGAUUCAAUGUUACAAGCAAAAAUACGUUAUGUACUUGAAACAUAUUUUGAAUCAAAUGUAACAUCAAAUGGUUUUACAUGUCGUCUUGAUUUAACAAACAUUGAUUUACAAACACGUAUUGUACGUUCAUUACAAAAAUAUUUAUCAACUAAUGUUAAUGAUUUUACAUCAUUAGAUGAAGCACGAACAAUUUUAGUUAAAGAUAAACUUGUUAAUUAUUAUGCAGGUUUUAAAGCAUAUUUAUUUCGUAUGAAUUUAACUAAAACACAUCCAUCACGUCUUGCAAAAUUACAAGAACAAUUAAAUAUUUAUCAACAACAACAACAACAACGUACUAAUAAAUCAGCUAAAACAAAUACACGUUCAUCAGCAUCAACAACAAAUAAAAUAGUAUCACCAAGAAAAAAUCUAACAGCUAUGUCAAAAAAUCAUCCACUAUCAUCAACACCAAUUGAUUUAACAACAGUAACAAAAACUCAACGUUUACUUAAUGAAAGAAUGAAAACAUUCGAUAAAAUUCAACCUAAUAAAGUUAAUGAUAUACCUUUUCCAAAUCCUAAUAAAACAAUACGACAACGAUCUGCAAAUAAUAAUAAUAAUAAAUUACGUAAUUCUAAUAAUCAAGAUGGACAAGUAACAAUGAAUAUAGAAAGAUUAAAUAGUCCUAAAGAAAAAAGUCGAGGACCUGUUUUUGUUCAAUAUACAUUAACAAGUGGACUUAAAAUAAAAUAUUCGGAUGGAAAGCCUAUUGAAGAUAAUAUAAAUGGAGCUGGUAUUGGAUUACAACAACGACGUACAAGUGUGACUUAUUCAUUCGGAAGUGGAAAUGAUUAA